AUGGCUCGUUAUCGAGGGAGAUCGCUCAUCUCUUCCUUUGCUCUUCUUGUGAACGCAUUAACCAUAUCACCGAGCCACGGCUUUCUCGGCACCGAGAAAAAGAUUAAAUCAGCAGUUUUCUUAUCACCUAAACUGGUGAUGAAUCCAGGAUCAGUCGCAAAUGCUUUCUUCUCCGACAUGGAUUUCCCGAGAGGACACAUCGGCAUCAAAAGUUUCGACGCUGAACUAGUCGACGAAGCCGGAAACUCCGUCCCUCUACACGAGACCUAUCUUCACCAUUUUGCGGUCGCACCGGUCUACGCGCGUAAAGGUUUCAAGCUUUCGCAGCGAGACAUGCUUAGGAAUCUUGUUCUUGGUUCGAAGCAAGAUCCCGAUAGGAAUCUUGUUGCUGGUUGGAGUUCCGAUAUCGUUUUUGUGAACAACGCAGGGCUCUGCAAUAACCCGUUCAGGCCAUUAUUUGGAGUAGGAGGCGAAACAAGGAAGACCUCGACGUAUGUUCCUGAUCCUUACGCGAUCGAAAUCGGCAACCCCGAAGAGACACCUGCUGGAUUCGAGUUAAAAUGGCUAAUGAACAUUCACGCCAUAGACACGAGAGGCACUGUGGACAAAUUAGGAUGCGCGGAGUGCAGAUGUGAUCUGUAUAACGUAACCAUUGGUCAAGAAAUAAAACCUGAUUACAAAGGAGGUUACCACUGCUGCUCCGAUAAGACUCAGUGUCUAGUGAGAAACGGAUUUGACAAUGGGAAUAAAACAAGAAGUAUCUAUCUUAAGUAUACCGUGAGAUGGGUUGAUUGGGACAGCUCGGUUAUGCCCGCUAAGGUUUAUCUUCUCGAUGUUACGGAUUCUUGGGAAAGAAAAGAGGGAUCUACAGGAGAUAUCCAAGAACAUGAUUGCGCUGUGGAAUACGAUGUGAAACCGUGCAAAACCAAUGGCGAUGGAUGCGUUGAUGUCAAGAAGAAGAGCUUAAUGAUGCCGUUUAACGGGUAUAUUGUCCACGUCGGAGCUCACCUGCACUCAGGUGGUCUCGGCGCUUCUCUGUCCCGAGAGGGCGGUGAGGGAAUUUGCACUUCGAUGCCAAAGUAUGGCAAUGGAGUCGAACCGGGAAACGAAGCUGGUUACGUUGUUGGAAUGACGACUUGUUAUCCUCAAGAACCAGUGAAAGUUAGCUAUGGAGAGACUCUGACUAUGGAGUUUAACUACAGUAGUGCCAUUGGCCAUACCGGAGUUAUGGGAAUCUUUUACAUCAUCGUUGCUCAGCAGCUGCCUGAACCGGAGAUCUCCCUGCCUGCACUCUUUCAGGCACAGACGAAAAGCGAGAGCUUGUUAGCCUUUCUUGCGGUGACGAUGGUGGUCGCGGUUGUGGUUCUAACAGCCGCUGUGGUAUACCGGAGGCAGAACCGGGAAGAUGGCUACCAUUACCAAUCACUUAGCAUUUAA